UGUUUGAUUUGAACAGCAAUAUAUUUCCACCUGCUUAAAGCAACACAAAGGGUAUUUAAAACUUGUUUUCACAAUUUAAAAACGACCCAAUAACUGCCCAGCAUAUUCGUAUGAAAAUUAGGAGAAAUGGAAUUGUUUGAAGAGCAACAAGAGCAAGCUGACAUUAGUGCUAGUGAAGAUGAGGAUGGAGAUGACAGAAAUCACCUGAAGUUGUUGGAUGCCAUUUCCUCUUUGGAUGGAAAGAAAAAGACAAAGUUACAUGAGAGAACAGUUCAUGCUUCACAGAUAUCUGAGUUCAAUUUUAAGGCUCAGACUUUGGCUAGUAAAAUUGACAUCUCUGAGUUGAUGGGAACUCUGUCAUCAUCCAGGAUAAAGAAACAGUUAAAAUCAGUAGAAGGCAGCAAACAAAUAGUGUCUGUUCCAUUACCUAGAUACCAAAAAGAAAAGCUAGAGAGAAGUGUAGCAUAUGGUCAAACGAAAGAAGUUGUAGAUAAAUGGGACUCAAUUGUACAGAAGAAUAGAAAAGCAGAACAGUUAAAGUUUCCAUUAGAAAGACCUGUACUAAAACUUCACACAACAGAAGAGCAAGCCAGAGUCAUUAAGCCAAGAACUUCCUUAGAGGUAGAAGUGGCAUCUUUACUGAAGGGGAGUGAAAAUGUUGUAUCAAACUCACAUGAACUUACACAAGCUGAAGAAAAGGCACUGCAAGCUAUGAGUCUUGAAGAGGCAAGAGAAAGACUUGCUGAAUUAAGAAAGCACAGGGCUUUGUUAUCAUAUAGAGAAACAAAAGCAAGAUGGCGUAAUAAAAUUAAAAGUAAAAAAUAUCAUAGAGUAUUAAGGAAAGAAAAAAUGAAAAAUGAGAAGAAAUCAUUGGAUGAAUUGGCAAAGACAGAUCCAGAUGCUUACAUGGACAAAGUGACAACUGCAGACAAACAACGGGUAGAGGAAAGGAUGAGUUUAAAACACAGAGGAGGAAGUAAAUAUAUGAAGAAAAAAAUGAUUUAUGGAAAGUAUGAUGACCAGGCUCGUCAAACAGUUCAAGACAUGAUUCAGAAAAACAAAGAAUUGACACAGAAAGCUGAGGUUGUUAGUGAUAGCGAAUCUGAUGCUGUUAGUAUGGAUUCUGAAGAUGAAAUGAAUAUGAUAGAAAGUGCUGUGUCAGCAUCUGAGAAUCCAUGGAUGAAAGCCUCAAAACCUUCUAAACCAUCUGGAUAUGAAAAGAUUGAAGAAGUAAAAAAUGAGGACAAAAUAUUGCUUCCAGUUGAAAGUGAAGAUGAAAGUGAAAAUAAGAUCAUGUUAUCAAAUGUUGUUCAAAAGGUCAUUAUUGAGGACACAAAUAAUUUGGAGGAAAACAGUCAAAAUGUAGAUGUGAACUUCAUAGAAAUAAAAGGUGAUAAAAAGGAUGAUGAUUCAAAAACUGAAACGGCAGAUGAAAAGGUACAAGAAACUAAAAAUAAAAAAGGAAAGAAAAAAAAUGUAAAACAAGUUGAAAAGGUACAAGAAACUGAAGAUAAGAAAGGAAAGAAAAGAAAGAAAGAGAAAAUUACUAGUAAAAAUAUUGAUGCAAUUGAUAACAUUGAUGACUUAUUUAAAGAUUUUGAAUCAAGCAAAGAAGCCCAAAAAGGAAAUACCACUAAAAAAAGUAUUCAUGAAAAAAUAAUGAAAAGUCAAAGAGAAACUUCAGAUUUAAAUUCCACAGAUGUACCUGUAAGUAAGAAAGACAAAAGAAAAAGAAGAAGAAAGGAAAAACAAAAUGAGAGAGAAAUAGAAAAACAAAAAAAGAUAGAUAUAGUAAAAUCAAAGUUACAAAAAGAAGAUGAAAAGGAUGAAUCUGAGGAAGAAAGUUUUAUUUCUGAAAAAUUAGAUAGAAAAACACAAUUUGAUGACUUUGAAGGUGACUCCGAAGGUGAUAUGUCUGAUGAUGAAAUGGGAAAAGACAACAGGAAAGGAAAAAAAAAGAAAGAUGAUAGUGAAGAUGAAAAUGAUGGAAAGAAGAUAGAAGAUGUCUAUGUUGAUCCAAAAAAAUUAAUGACCUUGGAAUCAAAGAUAGAUAAGUCACAGAUGCCAGACAUGAUAGUUGACGACAAUGACAUUGAUAAUGAGGAACAACAAAAACUGGCAAUAGCACAAGCCUUUGCUGAUGAUGAUGUCAUUGAAGAAUUUAGUCAGGAAAAGAAGAAAGUAGAAAACAGAGAUAAGCCGAAAGAUAUUGAUUUGACUCUUCCUGGCUGGGGUGAAUGGGGAGGAACAGGGGUCAAAGUAUCCAAAAAGAAAAAGAAAAGGUGGAUUAUAAAGGCUCCAUCGGCACUCCCUAGAAAAGACAGAAAUUUAGGAAAUGUUAUCAUUAGUGAACAGAAAGACAAAUCUAUAGCUAAAUACCAGGUCAGUGAUCUACCUUUUCCGUAUGUUAGUGUGAAGCAGUUUGAACAGAGUAUAAGAGCUCCUAUAGGAAAGACGUGGAAUCCAGAAACAGCCUAUAAACAGUUAGUGAAACCGAAGAUCGUUACAAAAAUUGGAACUAUCAUAACACCUAUAGAUAAGGAAGAGACCUUCAAGAAACAAAAGAAUAAACGGAAAGCCGACCUUGACUUUAUUAAACCUCCAAUUGAAGCUAAUAAAUUUAAAUCAAAGAAAAGAAAGAAACAAUGAAAUGUUUACAAAAAGAAUAAAAUUAUAUACAUAUUA